AUGACCGAAAUAUCAUUUACUAGAAGCUUCCUCCAGUCGGUGGACACAAAGCCCAUCAGGCUACCGUACGACUAUGUUGCCGACCCUGUGACGACACGGCUGCCAGUGCCAUAUACACUUCCCCGCCUUCAACCCCCACACUCUCCAAUGGCAAAGAAAAUCAAGACCGCAGCUGCUCCAGGAUCCGCGAAGUCAGUAACCGUUCAAUUGAAAUCCGCACGAAACCCUGUUCUCGAAGUGUCACUGGACAAUGUCCCCCUCACAACAACAACCAUCCACGACUUGCGCGAAGCAGUGCGUCAGCGAACCGUUGCGGCCGACGGGACGCAGUCACCAGCAGCAGAUAAGAUCAAGAUAUUAUAUAAGAAGAAACCAGUUGGCGGAAGCGCAGAACGAACCCUAGCUGAAAUCCUGGGCGAUUCAGAACCCGAAGUCCUCAGCGGAGGUAAAACAGUUGAAUUCGGUAUUAUGAUUAUGGGAGGCGCAUCAGUCAAGCCGGAAGUGACAGAAUCUCCGGCUGGAGCAGGGGCUAAGAUAGCAGAGACAGUACCAUACCCCUCCAAGCCGGCGGAGGGAGCCAGUGGAUCUGAAGUCUUGCAAACCGAGGAGUUUUGGAAAGAUUUGGAAGGAUUCUUAGAGUUACGGACAAAGGAUACAGUGGAAUCUCUAAGAUUAGCGGGCAUCUUCAAGAGGGCAUGGCAGGCGGACGCUGCUCAAUCCAAUUCUUGA